AAGGAAACACACAAGAAGUGGAUGAUAAAGAAGUUUGGUAAGAUUUAUGAGUGUAUUGAGGAGGGGAAGAACAAAACACUCCUGAGUAAAAUUUACACGGAGCUAUACAUCACAGAGGGAGAGAGUGAAGGUGUCAACACACAGCAUGAGGUUCGAAGGAUUGAAACACAAUCAAAGUUUCAUAGAGAUAACAAGGACAAAAUCAACUCUAAUGACAUCUUUAAGUGUGUACUGGAACAUGACAAAAUCCGAACUGUGAUGACCACAGGCAUUGCAGGCAUUGGAAAAACAGUAUGCGUGCAGAAGUUCAUUCUAGAUUGGGCAGAAGGAAGGGCCCAUCGGGAUGUUGACUUCAUAUUUGCACUUCCAUUCCGGCAGUUCAAUUUGAAACAGAAUGUUUCAUACUCUCUUCACAAACUCCUCCUUCACUUUCAUCCUGAACUGGAUGAAAAGGUCAUAAAUCCACACAUGCUCAGAAAGUCGAAUAUCAUAUUCAUCUUUGAUGGUCUCGAUGAGAGCAAACUCUCCCUGAAUAUAGAACAGGACAUAGAUAUAUAUGAUCCCCUGAAGACUGCAUCAGUGGAAGUGUUGAUAGCGAAUCUCAUCAAAGCCAACCUUCUGCCAAAUGCAUUUAUUUGGAUAACAUCCCGGCCAGCAGCUGUCAAAUGGAUCCCUCCUAAGUACAUAGACAGGUGGACAGAGGUACAAGGGUUCAAUGACCAACAGAAGAAUGAAUAUUUCAAGAAGAAGAUUGAGAAUGAAGCUGAAGCCGACAAAGUCAUCACCCACAUUAAAAGUUCAAAGAGCCUAUACAUCAUGUGUCACAUACCUGUCUUCUGCUGGAUCUUAGCUUCUGUUCUUCUGAAAAUGAUCAAUCAAACCAGCACAAGUUACUUGCCUCAAACACUGACUGAGGUCUAUAUCUGUUUUCUGCUAACUGAAACAAACAGGAAGUGCCAAAAAUAUGGCAAGGGUAUUGAACAAGAUGAUACAAAACGGCUGCAGUCUAACAGAGAGGCUAUUUUAAAAUUAUCUGAACUAGCAUAUAACGAACUGGGGAAAGGUAAUAUCUUGUUUUAUGACGACAGUUUAAAAGAGUGUGGCAUCAAUGAAGAUGACAUUACAUUGUACUCUGGCAUGUGCUCUGAGUUCUUCAAGAGUGAGUGUGUAGUCGACCGACAUAAAGUUUAUUGCUUUGUGCAUCUCAGCAUACAGGAGUUUCUGGCUGCUUUCUUUAUAUUUCACUCCUUAAUGAAUAAGAACACAGAAGUCUUGGAACAAUUCUCAUCAAAAGAAUCUUUCUUUACAGCAAUAGGGAGACGUGUGACUAGGUUAUUUAAUGCAGGCUCGAGAACUCCCACCAGCAUUUCCAUGGCUGAUUUUUUUAGAACAGCAGUAGAUGAAUCCAUGCACAGGGAAGAUGGACGUUUGGACCUUUUCCUUCGCUUCCUCUUGGGCAUAGCAUUGGAGUCCAAUCAGAAACUCCUACAAGGCCUUCUGACACACACAGAAAAAAGUUCAGACAGUCUCAAGGAAACAGCCAAGUACAUCAAAAUAAUUCUCAGUGAGGACACAAAAGUUCCUGAAAGAUGCAUGAAUCUGUUAUUCUGUUUAUUGGAGAUGAAGGACAAUUCCCUUCAUCAGGAGAUUGAGCAGUAUAUGAACUCUGGAGAAGAGCUCUCACCUACCCAAUGUUCAAGACUGGCCUACAUGCUUCUAGUGUCUGAGGAAACACUGGAUGAGUUUGACUUGGCAAAGUACAAGACAACAAGUGACGGUCGUAAGAGACUGCUUGUACUAUUGAGCGCUUGUAGGAAAGCACGAUUGGUUGGUUGUGAUCUCAGAGAGGAUUCGUGUGAGGUCCUAACAUCUGCUUUUCAGUCAGACAACUCCCAGUUGAAAGAGCUGGACUUGAGCUCUAAUCCUCUGAGGGAUUCUGGAGUGAGGUUGCUGUCUGUUGGGCUGAAGCAUACAAACUGCAGACUGGAAACACUGAGACUUGCUGAUUGUAAGCUCACACAUACUUCAUGUAAGACUGUAGCUUCAAUCCUACAGUCACCAAACUCCCUGUUAGACCUGGACCUUAGUAACAAUGACCUGGGGGAUUCUGGAGUUCAGCUUCUCUUUACAGCAAUGUCCAGCCCUAACUGCAAACUGCAGACAUUAAGAUGUGCUGAGAGUAAUCUCUCAGAUAAAUUCUGCAAGAUUAUGGCUUCAGUUCUACAGUCACCAAACUCCCUGCUACAGCUGGACCUGAGUCAGAAUGACCUGGGGGAUUCUGGAGUUCAGCUUCUGUCUAAGGGACUGUCUAAUCACCAUUGUAAACUGCACACAUUAAGGCUCUCUGAUUGUCUCAUGUCAGAGAAAGGUUGUGGUUGUCUGGCUUCAGCUCUGACUUCAAACCCCUCCCAUCUAAAAGAGCUGGAUCUGAGCUACAAUCAUCCUGGAGAAUCAGGACUGAAGCUGUUAUCUGCUAGACUGGAUGAUCUUGUCUGUAAACUGGAGAUACUUAAAACUGACAAUGCUUCCGUAAGCAGAGCACGGCCACGUUUACUGAGAUAUGCCUGUGAGCUCACAUUGGACCCAAACACAGCACACAGAAAUCUCUCUCUUUCUGAGGGAAACAGAAAGGUGACACAUGUGUGUACGGAGCAGCCCUAUCCUGACCACCCAGAGAGAUUUAACCUGUGGGAACAGGUGUUGUGUAGAGAGGGUCUUUCUGGACGCUGCUACUGGGAGGCUGAGUGGGGUGGGCAAAUAGCUGAUAUAGCUGUGGCCUAUAAAAGCACCAAGAGGAAAGGGGAUGAUGAUGACACCCUGCUGGGAUGUAAUGUCAAGUCCUGGCGUCUGUUCUGCUCUCCUGACCUUUACUCUGUCAAGCACAGUAAUAAACGCACUGACAUACCUGCCCCCUCCUCCCACUCGAGAAGAGUAGGAGUGUACCUGGACUGGCCGGCUGGCACUCUGUCCUUCUACAGUGUCUCCUCUGACAGACUUACCCACCUCCACACGGUCCACUCCACAUUCACUGAGCCCCUCUGUCCAGGGUUUUGGGUUUGGGAUUUUAACUCCCCCGUGUCCCUGUGCCAGAUCACAUGAGCUCUUCCUCCAACAGGUACGCCCACCUGUCACCUGUCCAUACAGCAGCU